AUGUCCCGCCAUAGAGAUAGUCGUGAUCGCAGCUCAAGAGAUAGAUCCCACGAUGAACUUGACGUAAAACGUAAACGUAGGCGUGAACACAAGUCAAGUACAAGAACUAGAAGUAGGUCUAGAAGUAGAAGCUACCAUCGCAGGAGUCGACGUAGCAGUUCUAGAGAUAGAUAUCGCCGUCGUUCAAGAAGUCGUUCACAUAGUAGAGGAUUAAGAAACAAUAGGGAUAGGCGUUCGCAUUCAAAAGAUAGAUCUAGGUACUCAGAAGCAAGUGAUUCAGCAAGAAAAACGAGCAUAGCCUCAUCAACAGGAUCGUCAGUUUUUAAGAAGAAGCCUUCAUCAUGGGACAGUUUAACACCUGUAUCUACAAUUACACCGGAACUGUGUGAUACAAGGUCACUUCAUUCGGGAAAAAGGGACCAAAAAACAGCUGAAAAUGAUGAAGGACAGCAGAAUAAUAAGAUAUACAUAGGAGCGUUGGACCCAGGGUGUACAAUACAGGAUAUAAGGACGGUGUUUUCAUCAUUUGGUGAAAUACUUCAACUGGAUUUCCCAAUAGACCCGCAAACAAAUAAGGCAAAAGGAUUUUGCUUUAUUGAGUAUAGAAAGAAGGAAUCAGCAGAUUUGGCAAUGAUAUCGAUGCAAGGAUUCCAUAUAAAGGGGAAGCCAAUAAAGCUGGCAAGACCAAAUGUGUCGUCAUCAGGAAUGUCGUCCUCAGCACUGGGAGCAAUUCAAUACAAUAAUCCACUGUCUAAUCCCCUGGCUGCUGGAGCAGUAGCAGCAGCCACACUCUUGCAAAAUAGAUCAGGAGUCAGAGUAGAUACAGCAAAUGUUCUGACGAAAUUGACGGCAUCAUCGUCAUCAGUGACAAUAGGACCUACGCCACCAGAUCUUAACGGAAAGAGAGUAGUCUUGGAAAAUAUACCAUUUGAGCUCAAAGCGACAGAUGUAAGAAGAAUAUUUGAACCUUUUGGAGAGAUAAUGGAGUGUGUGCUCUAUUCAAGAGAGAUGUUGCCAGGAGCGUUCUACGCAAUAGGAUACAUAGACUUCAAGAACGCAAACGUAGCACAGACAGUUUGUUCCACAAUGAACGGCUUUGAAAUAGCAGGGUCAAAAGUGCAAGUGACUAUGGCUCCAGAGUCGUCAGUGGCAGGAACAUCCAAUGUAAUAGUUAUACAAAAUAUGAUCGAAGCAAGCUUGGCUGAUGAAAAUCUGCCAAACGAGGUUAAGGAAGAGUGUAAUAAAUAUGGACUUGUAACGUCGGUGUAUUUGCACUUCAGUCCGAACGACACAUUAUCGGUCUUCGUCGUCUUUAAUACCGUGGAAGACGCAGAGAACGCAGUUCGAUCAUUGAAUACGAGGUGGUUCAAUGGAAGGCAGCUGAUGUGUAAGCUGUAUGAUGCUAGUGCAUACUUCAGUGGAAACUACGAACUUUGA